AUGCCUCGUCAAGGAAGAUCUGGAAGGGGAAGCGCCCCAUCUCGACCAACUGUCUCAGCCCCAAGCAGACCUUCACCUUCCGCCCAGCAAACCCGACCAGCAACCACUGCUGCAUACCCACCAAGGCCAGCAGGUGCAGCUCCCCCAGCUGCUCCUCAACCACAAGCAGGAGCUCCACAAGCUCAAGGUUCUUCUGGUCCAGGUUUGAUUGGACAAGUGGCUAGCACUGCAGCAGGUGUCGCCAUCGGAUCUUCAUUAGGACAUGCUAUUACCGGUUUCUUCGGCGGUGGAUCUAGCGCACCCGAAGCAGCUCAGGAUAAUGCUGUAGCAUCCCAAGGUCAAGAGAAGAACCAAUUUGGCGAACCAAACUGUGGCUUCCAGGUCAAGAGCUUUACCAACUGCAUGGACGAGAACCAAGGAAACAUGUCUAUCUGCAACUGGUAUUUGGAGCAAUUGAAAGCAUGCCAGAAUACCGCCAGUCAGUAUUAA